AUGCAGUCCAUGCGCGGAGUCGCUGCAGCCGUUGCUGCCAACAGGCCCAUUGUUGUCGGCCUCUGCGGUGGCAUUGCCUGCGGCAAGUCGUCCGUCCGGGAGGAGCUGGCCAAGCUUGGCGCUGCCACCAUCGACGCGGACAAGGUCGGCCACGAGCUGUACACGCCGGGCCAUCCAGUGGCGAUGGCCGUCGGUGACGCUUUUAACGUCGCUACUCCUGAUGGUGGCGUUGAUCGCAAGGCUCUUGGCGCCGCCGUCUUUGGCAACAAAGACGCCAUGAAGCAGCUGACCGACAUUGUGUGGCCGGCCAUCGCCAGCAACCUCGAGCGCCGCAUCACCGACAUUGCCGCCGCCCCGCCUGCUCCGGCAUCCGGCAGCAUGCCGGUCACCAUCAUCGAGGCUGCUGUCCUCCUCGAGGCCGGCUGGCAGUCGAUGGUCGACGAGGUCUGGGUCGUGUCGGUCGCCCGCGACGUCGCCGUUGCCCGCCACGCCCGCAUCGACUCGCAGAUGUCCAACGAUGAACGCCUUGCCCACGCUCACCGCUCCAUCGACACCUCUACCCCCAAGGACGAGCUCGCCGCCAAGGUUCGCGCCGUCUGGGACGCUCUCCAGGCCGACGCCGCCGCAGCAGCAGGCCCAGCCGGCGACGAGCCCUCAUCGUAA